AUGGCCAGCCCUCUCCGCAAGGACUUGCAAAAGGUCUCCCCCAAUGUGUCUGGAACCUCGACGCCAAAAAUGGAAAAGACUGACUCGGUGGUAAAUCUCACCAAACCUUCGCUAUAUGGUAUCUACAAUACCUCCUCCCUGAGCUUGAACAAGGACAAUGAAGAAGUAGAGGAGUACAUUGAAGGCAGCGAGUUACAUAUUACUGCCAAAGACGCUCAUCCGGAUAGCGACAAGUUGCAACCGAAGCCACGUAAGAGGAGAACGUCGCCAGUUCAACAUGCUCUAUGGCUAAUCACACGGUUAGCCAUUGUUGCAUUUGCUGCAUUCCUUUACAACCAAGUAACGAGAAACAUUCAUAUUGCUCACGUUGACGGCACGGGGCUGUUGAUCAAUGAGUAUUUGGAAAACUUUGUUGAGGCAUGGAGGCUGUACCAGGCAUGGGUCAAGGAAUACGACCUAGAAUUUGUGGAUCGCGCAGUUGCUUGGUCACUGGAAGGUUUUCUAUUGAGCAUCUUUGUGCCUGUUCUCGAUAAAUUGCUCCCUCAAUUCUCCAGAAGACUCCUCUCGUCAAACCCCAACCCGUACCACCGUGGCAACUUACCUAACGACUUGAUCCGCUCCCUGAUAACCUUCUUGGGAAUUACUUACGCUAUAAGACACAUAGAAUGGAGCUCCCUGCUUCAAAUGGCUAUGACAUGGUCCUUGGUAAACCCCGCGUUGUGGCUCUUGCUUGAUGGAACCAUCAACGGGUUCCUUGCCUCGACCACUGUGGCGUUUGUUGCCUCUGCAAUAAUCUAUUUCCAAAAUCACAAUGUUAUUGUGUUGGAUCAAAGCAGCCUAAUUACCAUUUUUUUGUACGUUGGAAGCUUUUUCUUCUGCGGAGUCAUCAUUUUUGGCAAGUUGGGACGCUUUUUGUUUGAACCCAGUAACAAAUAA